AACAAAUUAAAUAAUAGGUCAUUAAUACCCCUACGUUGUUUCUUCUUCGUUUAUUACACCUUUCCCCAAAUCAGUAAACAUUGUGACCUAAAAUCAAUGAGAAAAUAGUCGAUUUCCUCUCAAAAACCUACAAGAUUCCGUGAAACAUAAAAGUGAAAGGGAUGGUAACGUUUGACACAAAAGAUGAUACAACUUCUUUCAGAAGAUACGGGUGCUGAAAAUUUCAAUUUUGAUGGGUUUGAUUUCUUAGAAGAUGGAGAGCUCUACAGUAAUACUCUUAAUCCUGGGUUGUUAGAGGAUGACAAAGAUGAUUUCCUAAUUGAUGAUCAUUUAAACACUCCAGUGGUUAAUGCUGGUGAUUUUGUACCCAGUUCUAAAGAAUCCCCGGACACCUCACAUCUUUACACCUCUGAUAAGGUUUUUGCCACCAAAUUGGAUGCGAAGAAAUGGUGCGUGGAGACAGGCAAAAAUCACAACUGCGCUAUUGUUGUAAAAGGGGGUUCAGUGAGGAAACGGAACGUUUGGACCACUGGAAAAGGUUAUAGGUUUGAACUGCAAUGUGAGAGAGGUGGUGUUUACAGAAUCCACAAGUCCAAAAGAGAAAUCUCAGUGAUGAUAGGCAAAAGAAAGAGAGACACAUGGUCUAAAAAAAGGGGAUGUCCAUUUCUGCUGAGUGUUCUUUGAGGGGGAGAUUCGUUAUGGCGUGUUUCUGUUCGAAAUGGUUGUCAUAAUCAUGAGACCCCAGAAUCCUUAGUUAGAGGUAUGGGAAGGAACAUACGUUUAGGCUUCUUAUUGGCAUGUAUCUCAUUUUGCGCUACAGAGUAUGAAGCUUGAAAAACAAUACAAAUCAAUGAUUGGUAGUGACAAAAAUGGUUGUAUUUGUACUAUCAAGUCGACUAUGGGACUGCUAUGUUCACAUGAGAUGCAGAUGUAUCGUGAUAGGAAUGAAGCGAUCCCCCUUUCUAUUAUUAAUCCCUUCUGGAGGCAAUUGUCAUUUAGCUCCGUGUAUGGAGUACAGGAAGAGAAGUUGUUCCGUGGAUUGAGUGUGUUAAUAGAUAUGGAAAAAAGGUGGAAUGAAGCCACACCAGAGCAAAGGCAAGCUAUUCAAUUCGACAUGAAUGUAAUUGCUCACCCUAAUUUAACUCCUUCAUUGAAGCCUGAUUAUAAGAAGGGUAAGACUAAGCAAAACGACACUAGAAGACUCCCAUCCAGGCAUGAAAAUAUGGAUAAACAGUACGAGGAAGAAUAUAAAGAAAGUGACAUUGCUAGUAAAGUUUCUUCUAGAGUUGUACGAAGUCAGCCAACAACAUCAGCAAUUUGUUUGUCGAAUCCAAUACUGUUGCCCAAAAGUGCAACACAAAUUUGUGCCGAAGUUGAACAGAGUCAGCCAACAACAACAACAACAAUGGUAAAUGUGUUGUCAGAUUAUCAAUUUUCAGACAAGAAAUACUUCAAAUAUUUGCCGAUUCAUAUAAUUCCUUUUGUUACUUCGACCAAAGAAGUUGGCAGGGUGGGAAAUUGUGUAUUUGAGGUCGUAGAGAAACAACUUAAUUUGGGGAAUCAGUCUAUCAGGCUGAAGUUGUCAGGUCCCCAAUUUGUUCGAGAGAAAAUUCUCAGUAACAUGGAUAAACAACAAGCAUUGUAUAGAACCAUGUGGGGAGACAAAGGCUAUGAUGAUAUGGUGAAACGCAUUACAAUUCCUCGAAAUAUGACAAAUGUUUCUAUCGAUAAAUGGAUGUGUAUGCCGGAAUGUGGAUUUAUUAUUGCCGAGACAUUUUCUACUGUGGUGCAUUAUAUUGGGAAAGACAUGAGCUACACUUUUGCCCCAACUACUGUUAGAAUGACCACUAAAAUAAAGAAUAAAAAGGUGGUCAUGGGUUUUGUCGAGGGAAAUCACUUUAUCGGGUUAAAAUUGAGUGGAAAUUGUCCACUGCCUCCAGAACCUGACAUGGAGUACUGGAAGGAUGUGAAGAACCCUUUGCUGAGGAGCGGCUAGAUCAAUAUGAGCUGAGGAUUUCUCAGUGGAGUUAUCUCGAUUGCCUCCAAAGACGAGUCCCGGGUAGCGGCUCAAUCAAUCUUGAUGAUGAUUAAGAUGUUUGGAGAUGGAAAACAGGUUUUUUGUUAUUUUGUAACUUGCAUCGGUAAUAUGUAUUCACCUGCAAUACAGUGAUCCACUGAUGUAAGUGUAAAGCAUAUGCAUUUUGGUGGUGGCACAUAAUCACAUUUUUGUAAAAGGAACAUGUCCAUGUGAUUACUUUUACAUGUAAUAUAUGUAUAUAUAUAAACUAA